CAACAACAACAACAACAACAUAGCUCUUACUAGUCCCAGUUUCCCUCCCUCCUUUUACAUCUACCUUGUACUGCUCUCUCUCUCCUCUCUCUCUCUCUCUCUCUCUCUCUCUAAGCCUACGAACAGUUCUAUUCAGUUUUCGCUUCUUACAAGGCAUUUUCUCACCUGGGUUCGGCAGAGAAAUGGACGAAAAUAAGAGUUCCAACACUGGAGGGUGAUGGAAAUUGGAAUGAUAACCAAAAACUUCUCUCACUCUAAUACUUGUCGUUUAAGAUUUCAAUAAUACAGUUUUUGAAAGAUGAAUACCAAAACAAGAACUACUACUACUAUUACGACUGCUACUAGGCUUCAGCCAGGGAAAACAGCUCCGACAUUGAAGAAUAGUAGUGAAAAAGAGAAGGUAGUCGAAAUGCAAGAGAGCAAACUCAGAGAAAAGACCACAAAAUCACCCAACAAUGGACGAGCCUCAAGCAGAGAAAGAAAACUUGCUUUACAACAAGAUGUUGAUAAGCUGAAGAAGAAGCUCAGACAUGAAGAAAGUGUUCACAGAGCACUUGAAAGGGCUUUCAAUAGGCCAUUGGGAGCUUUGCCACGUUUGCCUCCUUAUCUCCCUCCUUAUACAUUGGAACUUCUAGCUGAAGUGGCUGUUCUUGAAGAGGAGGUGGUUAGGCUUGAAGAGCAAGUUGUGCAUUUCAGGCAAGACUUGUACCAGGAAGCUGUGUACAUUUCCUCCUCAAAGAGGAACAUUGAGAACUCAGCCGAUUCGCAUGAUCCGCGCCCGGUGAAGAGUCCCAGACCAGAGCUUCCAAAGUUUCUAUUGGCUCCUAUGGGGAAUUCUGCUACAACUCGGACAAAGCACCUUCGGACGAAUUCUGAUGAUAGGCAGGGGAAGGAGAACCAAUCCUGCACUAAUUCGACAAAGAACAGCAAGGGAUCGUCGAUCCACAAAAGCCAGACGAUGAGGGCAUCAGUGAAGAGACCACCGGCAGAUCAGAAAUCAGCAGAGAAGAGUUCAGAUCCUCAAAAGUUACAGUUAGAAUCCAGAGUGACAGACAAUGAAAGUGCAGAAGCAAGAACUUGUACUGUUCAGGAAACUAAGGUUUCAGAGGAUGACAGUCCGAAUAGAAUUUCAGAAAAUAUAAUGAAGUGCUUGUGCAACAUUUUUUUGCGAAUGAGUUCGGUGAAGAAUCGGGGUGGUGAUGAGAGCUGUCCUACCUUCUCCAAUUUAGCUACUCAAGAAAGCAAGGAGAAAAGAGAGUUUGGAGAUCCAUAUGGUAUUACUUCAGAAUUUGGGAAGAGAGACAUUGGUAAAUAUAAGCAAUUCUUGUCGAUUGAUGCUAGCUCGAUCAAUCUAAAUCGAACGGCAAAUUCUUUGUUCUUGCUUCGUAGAUUGAAACUACUAUUUGAGAAACUUGCUUCUGUCAAUUUAGAGAACCUUUCCCAUCAAGAGAAGCUUGCUUUUUGGAUCAACAUCUACAAUUCAUGCAUGAUGAAUCCAUUCCUGGAACAUGGAAUUCCAGAGAGCCCUGAAAUGGUUGCUGCCCUGAUGCAAAAGGCAAUAGUUAAUGUGGGGGGACACCUGCUAAAUGCAAUAACUAUUGAACAUUUCAUCUUGAGAUUGCCUUACCACUCCAAAUAUACCUUUUCUAAGGGUGCAAAAAACGAUGAGAAGACCGCAAGAAGCAUUUUCGGGUUGGAGUUAUCCGAGCCAUUGGUGACAUUUGCGCUAUCCUGUGGAAGCUGGUCCUCUCCUGCUGUGAGAGUCUACAGUGCAGCUCAGGUUGAGAAUGAACUGGAAGUGGCAAAGAGAGAGUACUUAGAGGCUGCAGUGGGAAUUUCAUCAAGCAAAUUCAAAAUCCCAAAGCUAUUGGAUUGGUAUUUACUUGACUUUGCAAAGGACUUGGAAUCACUUCUUGAUUGGAUCUGCCUUCAGCUACCAAGUGAACUAGGAAAAGAAGCUCUCAAGUGUCUUGAGAGAGGGAAAAUUCAGCCCCUUUCACAGUUUGUCCAUAUUAUGCCAUACGAUUUCAAUUUUAGGUACCUUUUAUACGCAUAGUUAAUAUUUUUUAUUCAUUCAUUUUUUCUUUUUUUUUUUUUUUUUAAUUUUGGGUCUUACAUGAUUUUAAGGGUAAUGGGGUUAUUACAAUUUUGUACACAGCAAUAAAGAAACUAUAGCAAAAUAAAUGUAUAAUCUUCUCUCCCUUGUAAGUAACUAAGAGUUGACUUCAUGUUAU